UUAAUUGGAAGUGACAAAUUACAUAUGUUUAAAUAUGGUGAUUUUUAUGUAAAUAAUUAUAUGAAUUCUCGUAUUUGUGGGCGCUACUUAUGUAAUAUUUAAAAAUGUCUCAAGGAGAGGGUGCUGCUAUUGCAGUGCCUAAUAAUCAAAACGGUGCGGUAGCACAUAAUCUUCACAGUCUUGCUGGUGUUAUAGGACCAGUUUUAAAUAAUAAUAACAUGAAUAUAGCUAGAAAUAACAAUAAUCAAAACCCACUGAUUAAUGUACGGGAUAGAUUAUUUCAUGCAUUAUUUAUCAAGGCGGCUCUAGCCUAUGCACGAACAUUUCCAAGGCCUGUCAGGAGAUUUAUAGAAUUUAUAGUCCUUUUAAAGGCUAUAUUGGCAUUUUUUGUAUUGGCUUAUAUUCAUAUAGUAUUUUCACGUGCACCAACUAAUUGUUUAGAACAUAUAAGAGAUGAAUGGCCACGAGAUGGUAUACUAAGAGUGGAAAUUCUUAGAAAUGGUGGUGAAGAUUAUAGUAUAGAGAAAAGUUAUGCCAAAGAAGAAAAAUUGAGACAAGAAAAAGUUGAUGAUUUAACUAAUGCUUUAGGAAUAUUAACUGGAGAUGGUUUUAUAAAUAUUGAACCAUCUGCUGUUGAUGAAGAACGAGAUAUUAUAAAUGUCUCUGCUGAAGAGAAUCAUGAGAAUUUGACACUACGUGAGCAGGAUGUGAUAACAAGUGCUACAAUUUCUGGAGAAACGCAGAAUCCUGACCUAAGCACGACAAAUAAAACAAUAAGCCCAUCAUUAUCAACAAAGCUUUGGAAUGGUUUAAAUAUAGCUAAAAAAAUAACAUCUGGAGAAAAGUCGUCUUUUGCAAAUGUGGAAGGUAACUCUACAGAAGUGCCUGAUCAUUUAAAUGAAGAUAAUGUUAUGCAGUUAAAGGAUCGUUCAUCGGAUAUUGAUAAAACUGCUAGAAUAGAAGAUGGAUAUAUUGUAGAAUAUUCAUUGGAAUAUGGUUUCUUACGAUUAUCACCAGCAGCUCGACAAAGACUAAACAUUCCAGUCAAAAUUGUCACUUUAGAUCCAUUAAACGACAAAUGUUUUGGUGAUGCAUUUUCGCGGUUAAUAUUAGAUGAAUUUUUGGGAUAUGACGAUUUGUUGAUGGCAAGUAUCAAAACACUAGCAGAACAUGAAGACAACAAAGGAUUUUUACGGAACGUGGUGACGGGAGAACAUUAUCGAUUUGUCAGCAUGUGGAUGGCACGAACAUCAUACCUAGCUGCAUUUUUCGUUAUGCUCGUAUUUACGGUGUCGAUCUCGAUGUUACUGCGCUACUCGCAUCAUCAGAUCUUUGUCUUUAUCGUUGACCUUAUACAAAUGCUGGAGUUUAACUUAACUGUGUCGUUGCCAGCUGCUUCCCUAUUGACAGUAGUCUUGGCAUUAGUAGGAAUGGAGGCACUUAUGUCUGAAUUUUUCAACGAUACAACCACUGCGUUUUAUAUAAUCUUGAUAGUGUGGCUUGCCGAUCAAUAUGAUGCUAUCUGCUGUCACACGGCUCUUACAAAAAGGCAUUGGUUAAGAUUUUUCUACUUGUAUCACUUCUCUUUCUACGCGUAUCAUUAUCGAUUCAACGGACAAUACAGCAGUUUGGCGCUAGUCACAUCUUGGCUCUUUAUACAGCACUCAAUGUUAUAUUUCUUUCAUCACUAUGAGCUACCAGUGAUUCUGCAACAGGCGCAGCUUCAACAAUUGCUAUUUCGUAAUCAUAUUCAGCCUCAACCUCAACCAGCGACGCCCAACACGGCUCCAACUACCCCGGGUCCAGGAUCGUCGCCGUCGUCGUCAUCGUCACCGUCAGCGGCACCUUCACCUUCGUCGAGUCCGAAUCCGUCGACACCUACGACGGAACAGACACAGCAAAAUUAUAUUACCGAGCUUUCUCAGCUCGAUUUAGAACCUAGCAAUAUAGAGGCACAACAUACGAAUGUGGAUACGAAUGCACAACAAACAUCCAUGGCAACGACGGCCGAUCGUCGAGAUGAUUCUGUUCGAGUGUCGGAGGACACAACAGUGUCCGCCACAUCGACUUCCGUUGCAAAGACGGAAGCGGUUCCCUCAGCGUCCAGAGCUACGAGUUCGCUCACCGAUACUUCCUCCUCCGAAGGCUUCGAGGUCAUUGAGUCUGCUGAGGUGGCGAAGGAAGCGUCUGUCGAAGACAAAAAAGAACAUUAGACUUUGACUAUGACAACUGCGUGGCAGUCAGAGCACAGAGUGUAUCAUUUUCGUAUGACUGCUUCCGUUGAAAAUUUCUUUUCACAGGAAAUCGGCGCAAUUAUUUUGUCACAGAACUUAACUAUAAAGCAGUAUGGUCUCUCUAUGUAUGAGAAUGCAUAAGUUAACACGUGUUCGACGUUUCGAUGUUUAAUUUCAAUAAAAUGAGAAUGAAGUUAUAAACCGAUUCUUUGAAAAUGUCAUAGGUAUCACGCUUCGAGAUCAGACCCUCUGCACUCUUCGUCUUUUGAAAAUGUUAGAGAAACACCUGUCGGCGAAACCGCUAAGAUUGCAAUUUCUAAGUGCAACAAUUAGGAUGCCUCUGAAUAUUCUUUCAUUUCUUUUUUCGUUCAUUCCACACAUGUACUAUGAUCUACCGGAAUAGAGAAAUGAGAUCGUAGGUAGCAAGUAUACUCACGAGUAAAUUUUUGUAUUGAACAAAGGGUUGUUAGAGAGGAUGAGACUAUUUCUUCGGUUUAUAUUAUGAUAAAUGUAUUAAUUAUACAUCAAUAAUGUUCGAUCAACCGACAUAACUAAAAUAAAUAAAUUCGUAGAUGAUUAUCACGCGAUCGAUUGCAGCGUUUUCUCUUUUUCUCAAUAAUAUUUUUUGAUGCUCGAUUACAUUUGCUCGAUUAGACUAUGGCUUAAGAGAUAAUGGAAUAAACAUGCAGUCGAAUUUUGACCAAGACGAAUAUUUUGAAAUUACUGAAUACUCGUGUAAUGAUGUAAAAAAAAAACUGUUUGGCUGCGUAAGAAUUUCCUUGAUAUAAAUUCAUGCGUGGCUCGUAAUCUCGCGCUCAAUAGCAAGUCAUUUUGAUGACAAUGCUGUAUAUGAGGACAUAGCGAGUUACUAAAUAGAAUCGAUAAUAUAUCUUUCAUAUACCUUUAUUUUUCUUUAUCCAUAGUAUAUUUUAU